AUGUACCUAGAAUGCUUUGGUUUCAAAGCAGCUCUGUCAAGACAUGGUACAAAUACAGUGAAUCAAAUAUGUCAAGGUGUACAUGAAGGCGGUAUAUUUUCAUUAAGUUUAACAAAUAAUGGAUGUCUUAUAUCUGGUGAUGGGAAAGAUCGUCGUUUAGUAUUCUUUGAUGCAACUCUUAAUCCAACUGGUCAUACUGAAGAAUUAGCUGAAUUAUAUGGUGCUGCUGGUCCUGGUAUGGAAAUAAGUCCUUUAAUGUUUGGUCAUUGUGAAGAAUUUUGGAGUCUUGCUAAACAUCCACAAGCUCAUCAAUUUUUAACAGAUGGACGUGAUCAUUUAGUAAUUCUAUGGGAUUCAUUAUCAAAACAAGCUAUUUGGUCAAAAGAAUUCACUGAUGCUAUACAUUGUGCUGCAUUCUAUCCCCUUCAAUCAGUUUUAAUAACAAAUGGGACUAUGAGUCCAGUUAGUAAUAAUGAUAAUAAUAUAAUUGAUGAAACAAAUAAUUUAGAUUUCAAUGUAUCAAUGAUGAACUCACAUGAUUUAUUAGUGGUAUUAGGUACAAGUACAGAACGUUGGUUAGUAUUCAAUUGUUUAAAACAAGAAAUAAUUGCUGCACAUUCCGAUGGACUUGGUGAACAGAUCGAAUGUGUUGCAUAUUCACCUGAUAGAAACUAUCCAUUAUUGAGUGAUAAUACUAUAAAUCAGAAAUAA